AUGAAUUCACCUGAUCUUUGGAACACUUCAGAAGUACAGUUUUGCUUUGCUUUGGUCAACAAUUCAUGCCCUAGAAAUGUGAGGUCUGCGCUGAGUGUGUGUGCCAUGUACGUUAUCAUGAUUGGUGCUAUAGUGAUGACCAUGCUGGGCAACCUGGUUGUGAUCAUUUCCAUCGCCCACUUCAAGCAGCUCCAGUCCCCAACCAACUUCCUGAUUCUCUCCAUGGCCACCACUGACUUGUUGAGCUGUGUGGUCAUGCCCUUCAGUAUGGUCAGGUCAAUUGAGUCCUGCUGGUAUUUUGGAGACCUCUUUUGCAAAGUCCACAGCUGCUGUGACAUCAUGCUCUGUACCACCUCUAUUUUUCACCUCUGCUUCAUCGCGGUGGACCGCUACUAUGCUGUUUGUGACCCUUUGCAUUAUGUCACCAAAAUUACCAUCCCCAUGAUAGAGGUCUUUCUGCUCAUCAGUUGGUCCAUUCCCAUCUUUUUUGCCUUUGGCCUGGUAGUCUCAGAGUUCAAUAUAAUUGGUGCAGAGGACUUUGUUGCAGCCAUUGACUGCACAGGUUUGUGUGUAUUGAUAUUUAACAAGCUCUGGGGGGUGCUGGCCUCCUUUAUAACCUUCUUUCUUCCUGGGACUGUCAUGGUGGGGAUUUACGUACACAUUUUCACAGUAGCUAGGAAGCAUGCCAGGCAAAUUGGCAUGGGUCCUACCAGGAAACAGGGAGGGUCAGAAAGCGAAAUGAAAGUAUCAUCCAAAAAAGAAAGCAAGGCCACUAAGACUUUAAGCAUAGUCAUGGGAGUGUUUGUGCUGUGCUGGCUGCCCUUUUUUGUCUUGACAAUCACAGACCCUUUCAUUAAUUUUACAACUCCUGAAGAUUUGUACAAUGUCUUCCUCUGGCUGGGUUAUUUCAAUUCCACUUUCAAUCCCAUUAUAUAUGGCAUGUUUUAUUCCUGGUUUCGCAAAGCAUUGAGGAUGAUUGUCCCGGGAACCAUCUUCCACCCUGACUCUUCCACCCUAAACCUAUUUCUUGCAGAUGCUUAG